CGUUCAUCGCAUUCGUGUUCGGACAGUCGCUGCAAGGUUUCCGGCAGUGGCGGGCGCUGGUGACGCUCUUCCUCAACUGCGAGUCCGGACCCACCGCCUCCCACGUGCCCGCCUUCACCGCCUUCCUAGCCGCCCUGCGCUCGCAGCUCGCCCUCGCCCUCAAGGACGCGGCUGCCACAACAGCAACACUAGGAAACCCAAGCAGCAGCAGUGGUAGUACAGAGGAGGGGCAGGUAUUGGCGGGCGAUGCGGGUGCUGCUGCGGCGAUGACCCACGGGUCACUUGUGGAGGAGGUGUUGCUGUCCGGCGGCGGCCGCGAGUGCUUCCUGCGGCACCACCUGGGCACCUUCUUCGAGGUGCUGCGGGAGGCGGAGGGCGGGCGGCUGGAUGCGAGGUUGAGGCAGGAGGCCUCCGAGCUGCGAGCCCUGCUGAGUCGCGCGCUGGGCUGGCAGUUCGACGGAGUGCAGGUUCUGGGUGAGGAUGACGACGACGAGUACGCGCCCGUGGUGGUG